AUGAGAAGAACACCUAAUGAUAUUGAAUCUUUAGAAGAGGAAAAAAUUAACCCAGGCUCUGGAAGUUACACGAAACCACGAAAUCGCUACUCAUUAGAGUCUGAUCUGUCAAAUCGCUCUCAAUCAUUUCCAUCAAAUAUUCAAGAUUAUCAAGACAUAGCACUCGGUGAAGCACAGAAACAUAGAGAAGGCCGUGAAUCUUAUUAUACAUUUCCAAUAUACCAUAAUGGCACUCUCCUAGUCCACCGCAGAUAUCGAGAAUUUGUAUGACUCCGCAACCAGUUUGCAGAGACUUUUCCAGGCUGCAUUACAACAGCUCUCCCAGAAAAAGAAGGGAUUAUUGGAUAUUGGACAAAUCAAGAAUCAAUUUUCUAUACUAUGAGAAGAUAUGGACUGGAAAAAUUCCUCAAACGAGUUGCUGGCCACCCUAAGCUUAGCCAAAGUCAAGAGUUUUUGUUCUUUAUGAGAGAUGAUGAAGCAAAUUUGCAGAUUAGGAUGAAAGAAAGCCUAGCGAAAAAAGGCUGGAUUGGGACUUUUAGUGAUUUCAAAAGUUCUGUUUCUUCGACUAUUUCAAGCUAUAUGUAUGGAGAGCAGCCUAUUUUACAAGAUGAAGCUGAUGUGUUUUUUAAUACCCAGAGAACAGAAUUAAGAGGGCUCUACCAGCAACAAGAACUUUUAUGUAGCCAAGGCAAUGAAAUGGUGACUAAUUUAGAUGCUGAAAUUAACAGCAACAUCGCUCUUUCAAAAGCAUACGAAAAUAUGAGAAAAGUCGAGAAAGAACAAAUUGCUGAAAAAUUAAAAAUUCUCGCAGAAACACACCAUCAAAUAGCUGAAGUCCAAAAAGAGUCUUUUGAUAAAAUAAAAUUAUUAGUCGGCCAAGAUUUAGAAGACUAUCGAAGAUUGACCUUAGGAGCCCUUGAAACUCUUGAAAGAAGAAACAAAAUAAAAAUUGAAAAACCAGAAAUUUAUGCAAAUAUUAGCAUGCGAGAUCUAAAUGCUGACUUGAAAAAAGAUUUAGAGCAAUUUCAGCAGGAAAAAAUAUUUCUUGGAAAAUCUGUAAGCAACCAGCUGAUAAUUUACAAACAAGAAAUGACUGAAAAAAUAUCUGAAGUCUGGAGAGAAGCUUAUAAUAGAGUUAUAGGGUGAUAA